AUGYAUGCAAAAAUAGAGAAUGAAAAAUUAAAUUUUAUCAGAAAUCAUCAAAAACAGCUUAGAGCAGAUAAAUAUAUUCAUUUAAAGGAUGCCGUUGAAAAACAAGAUGUUGAAGCAGAUCAACUUGGAACCUUAAUUGUGUUGCCAUCAUCUUUUAUAGGAGGUCCACGAUAUUUAUUCAUAACUUUUACGUGUAAUCCGAAAUGGCAAGAAAUCAAGGAAGCACUUCUACUAGGACAAAAACUUUACCAUCGCUCAGACAUCAUUGCAAGAGUUUUUAAUUUAAAAGUUAAGAAGUUAAUGGAUUUGUUGAAAAAAGGUGAUUUGUUUGGGAAAUUGAGAUGCCAUAUAUAUUCCAUUGAAUGGCAGAAGCGAGGCCUACCUCGCGUACACAUAUUGCUAUGGUUGGAGAAUCGAAUAUCAUCAGAUAUGAUAGAUAAAUUCGUGUGUGCUGAGAUUCCGAAUCCAGUUUUAGAUCCUUUAUUGUACGAGAUAGUAAAGGCUAACAUGAAACAUGGACCAUGUGAACUUUUGAACAGAARUUCUCCUUGCAUGAAAGAAGGUGUUUGCAGCAAACUUUAUCUAGUUACCCCAAUACAAUAUGUCGCGAAAGGUAGCAAUCACGCAGUGUUUGGUUUAGGAAAAGCUGAAAAUACAGAUGAAAUAAAAAUAUAUGAAAGUGGCAGGUAUAUCACAAAUAAUGUCACAGAAAGAAUAGAAAAUCCACCUACAACUACUCUUCAGACUUUUUUUCUGAUACGUCAAACCGAUGAUUUUGCAAGAACAUUGGUGGUUUAUCCACAAGUUGCUUCGUAUUAUGUGUGGAUAAAUAAGAAAUUCGUUAGACGUAAAUAUGGUCAGAAUGUCGCGGGYUGGUUAGGAGUUAAGAAAGAUACAGCUUUGGGUAGAGUUUAUACAAUCCACCCAAAGAAUUUUGAAUGUUACCAUCUUGGUCUUCUUCUUCAACACGUAAAAGGCCCAACAUCGUAUUCAUUUUUUAAGAUUGAACAACACCRAAUAUCCGACAUUUCAAGCAACUUUGGAUUAUUAGAAGAUGAAAAUCAGUGGAAUUUAGCUUUAGAAGAAGCAGUAGUAUGUCGUUCACCUAAUAAAAUAAGAGAACUAUUCGGUGGGAUGAACUUAAAAGAAUAUGGUUUGCCAACUCCUACAAGAUCUUGUUGGCUGUUAAAAGAAACAAGCUAUGAUUUAAUUGCUUUAUACGAGAUUGUUAAGCAAAAUGAACACUCAUUGACCGAGGAACAGUGCAAAUUAAAUUUAGGAAAAUGUAUAUUUUUGGAUGCUCUUGGUGGAACCGAUAAAACCUACUUAAUCAAUCUAUUUUUGGCUAAAGUAAGAAGCUCAUAUGGGAUUGCAAUUGCAGCUGCAUCAUCAGGAAUUGCUGCUACGAUUUUACAUGGAGGAAAAACUGCUCAUUCUGCUUUCAAGUUGCCACUCAAUUUGAACRCCAUCAAGACCACAACGUGCAAUAUUAAAAAACAAUAA